GGAGCGAUAACCUUCCGCCAUUUAUCGACAGCUUUAAUCCCCUCCACGUUCCCCAGCGUACCCCUCAACUCCUACAUCCACUCCCUCAAAAUACUGCGGGCUACUUCGAAAUUCGACGCAGGUGCGAUGGGGAUGAUAUUGGAAGAGCGAAGGGAGAGGGUGGCGGCGGUAGGCGCCAAAGUGUGAGGCGGUGCGGGCCGGAGGCGUCGAAAGAAAAUCAGGAGGAGAAAAAAGGCCAUAAAAUGGCAGAAAGAACCAAGACAGGUGGUGGAAUGUUGGCAAUUGAUUCCUCAUCCCCAGCGAUCAUUGGAGCCUGGCCCAUUUCAGCAAUGUCCGAGACCAGUCCUAUAGAGGCAUGAAUGGCAUCAUCAUGGUCUCUGCUGUUAACAGACCUGCUGUGCAAGACAUCACCUGCUCUACCUCUGAGGAAGAGAGCAUGGCUGUCUCAGAGAAUGCCCUGACAAGGUUGCCCCCAAUUACCACUACUGCUCCCCCCACCCCAGAAUAAAACAAAACAGCUCAGAUACUGACACUUUGGUGGGAAUGUUAGCUAGAAUGCAGUCAGGUGCACGUGCUAAUGAGCAUAUCACUGUCAAGUCUUCACAUAGCUAAGGAAGAAAUGCACCACGUUGCUGGCACUCUGGGGACUGUUUGGAGACCAAGCUGUUGUGCAGCCCCAGGCCAUUUGUGGCUUCAUUGAGAUACACACACAAGCAGAUGCAGGAGCAGUAGGCAAGUUGUCAGCGGCACCGGAUACCCUUGAUGGUUAGGUUACAGGACUGCAGCAGUGGUGUUGGAACCCUGCUGCUUCUGCAUGCGAGUGGCUCACUGCAUGGACAGGUUGGUGACUGCCAUAGAGUGCCGAGUCCAGUACAAUACCUGCUGGAUAUAUAUGCACGUUUACACUCCACCACUCCAGAGAGUAACUGGCCAUCAAGGUGGGAUUUUCUAAAGUGGACCCAGAUAAUGUUGGAAAAUGUGCCAGAACCUCCUGACAAGUAACAAACUGAUGCCGCUUCAGCAAGAAUUGGGUUGAUCAGAGAAAAUGAAGAACAGAAGGAAGAAUCAAAAGCAACUAACAUUGUAGCACCUGUCUGAGGUUUUCAAGCUAAUUGGAGAGCUAAAACUUCUCAAAGAUAAACUUCAUUUCAAAGAGGGAUCAUUUUAAAGUUCAGCAGGGAGAAUAAAAGUUUUACCACUUGUUGCACGGGUCUUUACCAAGAAGAGCACAAGCUGCAGCAAUACACAGAGUAAAGAAGAGGAUGCUUUUUCAUAGGUUCAUGCUGUGAAAAUUAGUUGACUGCUGUUUAAUUCUACAGAAGGAUAUUCCCAAAUCAGGAGCUAUGGAUUGCUACAGUUUCAGCGACGAAAGCUCUCUCCAAACCGAAAUGCAUCUGCCUUUGCUAUCAGACAGUAUUAGUCCUCUCCCUCAAAAAAAUAGCCCUGAGAAAAGUGGAGGUAAAAGUGAAGUGAAAUACGGAGGGCUGCAGAAGAGAAGGCGUCUCUCCGCAAGGCAUUCUCCGCAGCAAGCAUUUCAGGAAUGUAGCCAAUGUGGAAAAUCAUUCAGCAGUGCCAGUGCCCUGAGCAAACACUACCUGACGCAUAGUCACGAACGUCGGCAUGUCUGCAGGAUCUGCAAUAAGGCCUUUAAGAGACAGGACCACUUAUCUGGGCAUUUGUUAACUCACCAAAAAAAUAAACCUUAUGUUUGUAUGGAACAUGGAUGCGACAAGAGCUAUUGUGACUCCCGGUCCUUGCGACGUCACUAUGAAGUCCAGCAUGGCUUGUAUUGUCAGAGGGAACCCUUUGCUGACAACAGCAGCAAAGAAGUGGACUCAACAGAGGGCAUGCUGUACUCCCAGAGCGGACAAACUCAGACCCUUCAAUGUGAAGUGGGAAUGGCACAGAGGCCGACAACACAGGUUGAGUCUCUUUCUCAAAGAUCCUGUCUGCCUAACCGAGAAAUGCUGAGGCCCCUAAUGAGCAGUGUAAGCCAAAAAGUACCAUGUGAAACUGGUGCUAGUGGAAGCAAAAUUACAUUGCACUAUCCCACACAAAGCCAUGCCACAGCAAGUGUGCUUACUAGCCCAAAUAUUUGUUUGUCAGAAAGGUCAGGCGCUGUUAGACAGGCCAAAUUUGGCAUAAUGCAAAGAGAGCAUUCUUCUGGUUUAAACUGUAACAUAACUGACCCAUACAACAGAGUAAAUCCUUCUCAUUUUUCUGUAGCAGAUCCCAGUGUCUCUUGUGUAGAAAGUCUAGACUCUUAUGUUUUAGAUUCAGUGAUUCCUGGUAGACCUUCGCAACCUGCACAGUAUACUUUGGAGUCAUCAAGACCAGCAAGUUGGCCACAAGAUGUGAGCACAAAUCAUACAUUAUCAAGAAAUGAAACUGGAUCCAGCAGACAACAAUCAAGUCAAGAUCUUGUGUGGACCAACAACUUGGCAACGUACAGCGGCAGCAAAGGAAGCUAUUCUUAUAUUGUCCCCAAUUCCCAGCCUCCUGAAGAAGUUUCUGCCACCUUUUCAAGUGGUGCUUUGCAUAAGCUGGACUCAUUUGCUCAAGCCUUUACACGACAGAAUUUGGAUAUUCAGUCAAAUUCCUCUGUUGCAAAGAAUCAGAGUGAAAACCCAGCACUAUCUGAAUUUGAUGCUUGUGGAAAUGUCUUCAGACAACUUUUGAGUUACAAAACAAAUUUGAAUCAGUGGCAAGCCUUUCCUGAACAGAAACGUCAAAUACUGCAGGAACAGUAUUCUCUGCACCAGCAACAUCAACAGCAGAUAGCAACUUCACUGUUUACACAGGUCUACAUGGGAGAUCAGGAGGCCUCUCCAAUGCAAAACCAAGAUCAAUUUCAAAACCAUAUGCUCCAGCUGAUCUCUGAUACUCAAUACAAUCUGUCUCAAUCUCAAAACUCGGUAAGCCAGUCACAGGUGCUAGUUACCCAGUCCCAACAUGUAAUUGCCCAGAAAAUUCCAUCCCAGAUCCAGAAUAAUGGAACUCAAUCUCAUCAUCCCUCAGAACUAGUACAAGACUUCCAGCAUUCCUUGAGACAGGAAGCCACUUCUCCAUUUUUACAGUUUCAAGCAACGAAACAGUGCCAACUCUCCAAGAACAUUCUCUCUUGCUAUCCACAAGAAACAGAAUGUACAGAGCAGCAGACAGGGACUGAUUUACAGCCUGCAUUAAGGGGAAUCUCAGAAUGUCACAAGAAAUCCAAGAAGAGUCCAUUCAAAGGACAACAUUCUCUUCAGUCAGUGUGUGAAGAAGAAGUUGUUCAGAAUCAGCUUCAGUUACAGUCAGAGCAGUUGGAAGGUUGGUCACUUCCACCCUGUAGCAACAAAAGAGGCAGAAUCUCUAAUAAAGAUGUGUGUGUAAAGCAUUACAAUAUUGCAGGUAAAUCCAGUAAAGGUGUGUCAGUUUCUCGAAAGGAACGACAGAAGUUAGAUCCCAAUUGCACUGCUCCUCCUAGUCAGGUGGCUAUGAACUCCUUUUCUGUUCAGAAUUCUUUGACGAGGAAUGUGGAAGACUGUCUUCAGAAAGCAUCUUUUCAUGCUAGUGUACAGGAUGAAGAUAUUUACAGUCUUUCCAGCAUGCCACUAGAGGGAGAUGGAUCAUCAUCAGUUCUGUGCAGGGACUUGAUGAGUAGCAGCACUUCCCAUAAUUUGGAUGAAAAUGAAGAAAACUUCAGGUGUGAGAGAUGUCAAGGUGUUUUCCAUUUUCUAAAAGGAUUAAACUGCCACACUUGUCCACGAGAAGGAAUGGGAAAACAGCUUUCAUUGGAAGACGGCAUUAAGACACAAAAGGUGACUGAUAAUGGAAUUGAGAAAAUGGAACAUGGUGGAUUGUUCUUUCAAUAUCUGGAGGAUAAACUCAGUGCUCUUCUGCUAAAGAAGCCACUUGAGGAAAAUGUGGCCAUGCCUUUAGUGAUUCCAGUGUCAGUGCCUGUAAAAUCUGCUGGUUCUAAGAAAGAUGGCAAACCUGUUAAAUCUGAAAAUUCACCAGUUACACCAAGGAAAUCGGUCACAACAAGAUUGACUGAUUUAAUGGUGUCCUCAAAUGACACCUCUGCCCAGGUCACUGAAACAGGCAAACAGGCAAAUGUAAAUUGUAGGGGCCACUCCAAAAAGCAACGAAGGAAGCGAUCUCGUCCAGAGCCUCUCUUUAUCCCAUCACCAGCAUCAAAUCAGACUGGGGUGCUGCCAGGGAUGGUGCUGUACCAGAGCCAUAUGCGUUCCCCUGUUUGCUUAGCAGAUCACCUUCUAGAGAAAAACUUUCAACCUCCACCAUACACACCUCCCCCGAUGUUGAGUCCCAUCCGCCAUGGCUCAGGACUUUACUUCAACAGGAUCUGUUCUUUGAUUGGGAGCAAGGUACCACACAAUACAUAUGCUCCUAAAGGAAUUCUGGGCAGUGUUGUAGAUGGCGUAGAUGGAAUUUGUGGUAUCUCUGUGGUUAAAGAUGACUCUAUAGUCACUAUAGAACCGCAUAUUAACAUUGGAACACGGUUCCAGGCAGAGAUUCCGUUACUGCAGGACAAGUCAUUACUUGAUGAUAGCGUUCACCCAGCAGAUCUAGUAUGGAAACCAUGGGAUGACAUUGAAAUGAAUAAAAUCACUCAGGCGAGAGUGACAGACCUGUUGAAUUUAGCUUGUUCGAGUGUGCUGCCUGGAGGAGGUACCAAUUUGGAAUUAGCUCUGCAUUGCCUACACGACACUCGGGGAGACAUUUUGGCCGCCCUGGAUAUGUUACUAAUGAAAGGUGUAAGGCGAGACUCUUGUCACCCCUUGGGAGAUUACCACUACACUGGUACUGAGAAGUGGACUACUGCAGAGAAAAAGUUGUUCAAUAAAGCUAUUUGCCUUUACAACAAGGAUUUCUUUCUCAUGCAGAAGAUGAUAAAACACAAGACCGUGGCACAGUGUGUCGAAUAUUACUACACCUGGAAGAAACAGCUAAAGUUUGAGUGGAAGCGAACACACUUGCUUGACGAAGAGAAGAUAAAGCAUGAGGCAGACAGUCCCAGUGAUGGAAAAGAAAUAAAAAAGCUGUCAUUCUUAGCCUCUCAGAGUAUGAGCAUUCCUUCCCAGACAAGCAUGAACAGAGAAAAACUAAAGAAGAAAAUCGUACGGUCUAAGCCUAGCCCCUCUCCGUCAGUUCACUGUCAGACAGGAGCCCAAGACAAGAAUGAGAAAAAGUUUACCGUGGGAAAUUUUCCAUGUAAAGAAUGCACAAAAGUGUUUGAUAAAGUGAAAAGUCGAAAUGCUCACAUGAAAUGCCACAGGCAGCAGGAGGAGCAGGAAAGACAGGCAGAGAUGAAACGAUCGAGGAUACGUUUGAAAGCUGAGCCAAAGCAGGAACCAGAGGAGACAGUCCUGGUCUUCACCUCCAACAAUAUUUCAAACAUUACCACAUCAUAAAGACAUUACCAGCAUCUAGCAAUUAGCAAGAAUAGUAGAAGGGAAUAGGGGGAGAACAGUGGCCUGAGUUUCCAGUUGUUCAGAACAGCUGGCACAACACUGAGCCACACACUCUCAUGCUGUAAAUAUCUGAUCCUAGGUAUUUUGGUUUGGUUUGUCCAAAGGUGGGGCAGGGAUGCCUAUUACUACGUGGGACAUCUUGUUAGCCUAAUGCAUGGAAACAUGCUGGAGCCUGUAGAUGAGGAUGAUGAGUUUUUUAAAAAUUUUACAUUGGACUGCAGUCUUCAAAAUGAAAACAGGUCCUGACUUAUUUCUUAGUGUAAUCUAUAUGAUUUGCUGAUGGGAUGGAGAAAGCCUGUUACCUGCGGUGUCAGAUCUGUGCCAUCGUACUUAUAAUAAUUGCAGUUAACCACAUCUCAUUAUAACCUUGUCGAGAUAAAGGAUGUUCUGUGUUGCCCUAUGAACCAACUGAUGGAUAGUUAGAAACUGGGGGUGUGUUGGAUUCUAAAGUAAAAUUCACUGAAAUAGAAUCAGCAAAACAGUAGAGGCCUGGAGCACAUCAAAACAGGCAAAAGUGGAGGUUAAAGGAAAGAAAUUCCUUCUCCCAAAAUGAAAUGGAAAAUGAUUAAAGUGAUGUUAACAUAGUGCAUUACAGCAGAAGCUAACUCCAUGAACAGUUUAUAAACAGGCAAUCUUAAUCAAUCAGCAUCUUCAAAUUCCAUUGGAACUGAAAGACAAGUAGGGAAGUCAGUUUGGAGUAGGUAAACUGCACAUUGACUGCUACCCUGUGCAGUGUCAAAGCUGUAACCAUGUGAUAUAAAAAGGCUUAUCUUUGUCUCCCUUGAGUUGAGAUCUGCACAGGGCAGGUAAGUAGCUGAGUUACUGGUAAGUUUUGAUCAGUGUUUGUAACCAGCUGAAAGAGAAAACAAGUGGCUCAGCCUGGGACCUUUCUUGUCCUAAGCUCCUCGCCCCUGCUGGAGGAAAAGGGCCUGAUUUUCCAUUCAAGCACCGUGCCUCUCAACGAAGCUUGUUUUCCCCUCCUUUUAAUUGAGGAUAAGUUCCCUUUGCUUCUCCUCUCUGGUCUCCAUCAGCACAUGUGCAAUAAAGGCAACCACAAGAGGAAGGGCUGUGGAAACUACCUGUUAAACUCUGUGCCCAGUGCCACUAGGAGAUGCACAAGUUUGUUCAGGAGCAAGUCUCUCUUUUGAGAAAAGGGUCUGGGCUUCAUUUGGCAGGUACCUGCUCAGCAGUGCAGGGCAAGAAAGCUGGAUCAUGUUACUUUGAAGACACUCAUCUCAUUGCUGUAACACUGUCAGGUGUUCAGAGUAUGUGUUCCAGCAGGAAUGACUAAAUAGUGAGCAUGCAUAACAGCCAAAACUGUUAAUUCUCCCACUCCGAGGUGCUGAGGGUAAGUGCAGAAUUUCAGUUGUUGCCUUGCCCUGAAAUGGUUAAUGCUUUUAAUCCUCUUGGUUUGCAUUUUUAACAAUGGUGAUUUUUUUUCACUGCCUGUAGCAAUGUAAGUAUAAUUGCUGCAGUCUUAUAUUUUAUACUGUAUUAAGAAAGAUUUUUGCAGUAUGUUUUAGCUGUUUUAAGCAGGAAUGCUGGGCCAGCGAGAGCCUAUGCCCUCUUAGCCCCAAAAUUCUGGUCAACAUGAGUCACUUCAGGCAGGAACAGCAGGUGAUUUUUAAACUGAGGACAAUCACAGAUGUCUUUAUGUCAAAUCUCUAGGUAGGAUUUACAUGGACUAUUUUUUAAGGUGGCUGGACCUGAAAGGCAUCAAACUUUAUAUGCUAGCAUUGGGUAUACCUGCAGGAAAGACUCAUCAUUCAGCCAGCUGAAAACCAAUGUGUCAUUAAUUUUCAUUUGGGGAAGAUCGCAGUUAACAAAAUUAUAAAUUUCUUUGUAAUCAUAUUACUGUAAGAAAUAUUUUAACAAAGUGGGGACAGAAUUUUCUCCAAGGAGAAUUUCUUUUUCAAUUUAUGGGAGGGAGCAUGUACUUCAGAUUGAAAGUAACAUAUAUGUUUGAGCUUCCAAAUGCCUGCUACUGAAAUUGUCUUAGUGUUUCCUCAGCCCUGUUCAUGUCACCUGUGAGGCUACAGAAUCUUUCAGAUUGCUCUAUGCCAUAGCCUGGCAACCUAAGAAUUCAACAGUCCCAAAAUCCAUUCAAUUCAAAAAAAGUUAGAAUGCCAGACACAAAAGUUGAUAAAACCAGUAUGUUUCAUAAAUAUUCAGCAGAUAUUGGCCUUCAUUACCAAGGGACAAGUUGAAUACUGGUGUGUACAACUCUAGGGCCUGAUAACAUUCUGUAUCUUGGCAAGAUGUACGUUACAGGCCCCAUAUUAUCUGUAAGUUGUGCCUACAACCACAAUAGAUUUGUAUCCCAUUAGUCUACACCAGACUAAUAUGUGGAUUUUACUUGUUGAAUGGACUUUGAGAAGAGAAAUGCAUUAAACAGCAGAGCAACUAUUUCAGUUGUUCUGUUUCACUUUUUUCAGUUUAUAAUAACAUGUGGACAGUCUUUUAAAAUGAACGCAAAAAAGAAGACUCUGGCUCCAAAAUGCAUCA